CAUCAGUUAAAUAUUCGUUACAAUUUAAUAAGUGAUCUACUCCCGUAGUAGAACUUUAGUGUUCAGAAGACAAAUGUAUUAAUGUAUUGAAUACUUUUUUGAAUUCCAUUCUGUAAAAAGCUUUUAUAAUGAUUGAGAACUGUGUACAAGCAUUCGAGUAUAUCUUUUUGGGCUUCAAUCUUCUUCGAUGGUGUCUAUUAAAAUCUUCUUCUGCGUUAAUAUUUAAUUUUUUAGCAAAUAUUAUUGCACUUUCUAUUAACACGUUGGCUACCAUGAGUAUCACGGGUGCUUCACACCCGCCAUGCUAUUAUGUACCAGACAUAAUUUUGAUGAACUCUUAUUAUAUACAAUGAGAGCCACGAGUGACUCACAGCUCGUCAUUACAUCUGUACCGUGUGAGUAUCGGGUGACUCUCAGGUAUUUAGUUUUAUUUAAGGUUAUGUAAAAUUCAAUAUACAAGAUAACGUGUAUUUUCCCGCGUAAAAUGACAGCUGACUAUGUUAACAACGUACGAUUUGCAUGGGGCAUCACUGGUGACUCUCAUUUGUUGGAAAAAAAAAAUGUUUUCACACUAGUUUAUUAUUUGAGAUAACAGAAUUAUUACCAAUAGAAAUAUUUGUAAAAUAUUAUUUUAAAUUAGGUACAAUUAAUAAAUAUAUUGGUUCCAAAUGUUGUUACUGGUAACAGAUAAAGUGAUAAACUAAACACUUAUCAAUUCAACAAUACAAAAUAAUUUUAACAGGGUUAUGUUAAAACUUAAAACACGAUAAAAUUAAAAAUAUUCUGCCUGUUCAUGUUGUUAAGUUUGGUAUUUGGACAGUUAGUUUAGAAUAGUUUGUAAAAUGGAUUCUGACGAAAUUCUGUCUGCGUUAGAAUCCGAUUUUGAAGAUUCAGGAAGUGAAUAUAAUCCUGAAUUAGAUUAUUCAUCAGAUUCAAUUCAAAUUGAAGACUACGAUGACAAUGAAAAUAUUGAUGAUGGUGGAAAUACUACACCUACAAGACGUGUACAGGCAAACGUGACACCACAGUGUACAUGGUUCGACGUAACUGGGAAUAACAAAAAGAAUUUUCUUUAUACUGGUGAUGGUGGUAUCAAAUGUGAUAUAGCACAGGACUGCAAGCCUAUUGAUGUUUUUAAUCUGUUUCUGAACGAAGAAGUGCUAAAUUUAAUUGUUACUGAGACCAACAGACAAGCUCAGCGGUACAAAACACAAUGGACGGAAACAGAUAGUAUUGAAAUUAAGAAAUUUUUAGCUAUUGUUAUGUAUACUGGUAUGAUUAGUUAUCCGAAACUAUCAGAUUAUUGGAGUCAUCAGCCAUUUUUUCAAAAUAGUUUUGUACCUAAAAUAAUGCCUCGAAAUAGAUUCCAAGAACUGCUGAGAUUUUUCCAUGUUUCAAAUAAUGAUAUUAACCCAACAGAUAGAUUGGGGAAAAUACAACCAUUGAUUGAUAUACUAGUCAAUUUAUUUAAACAGUGUAAAGUACCUGCGGAAAAUGUUGUAAUCGACGAAACACUUAUACCAUUUAGGGGUCGAAUAAUAUUCAGACAAUACAUUCCUAACAAAGCUGCUAGAUACGGGAUUAAACUAUAUAAAUUGUGUGACAGUGUGGGAUACACAUAUGAUUUAAGCGUUUAUUCUGGAAAGCAUUUAAAUAAUUUUGAUACUAAUAUUCCAUAUGCUGGUAAAGUUGUAAUGUCACUCCUAGAAAAUUAUUUAAAUGAAGGACGAACUCUGAUAGUUGACAAUUUCUAUACAAGCUUACAUAUUGCUCAUGUAUUGUUGGAUCAUAAUACUCAUAUUGUAGGCACUUUGAGGAAAAAUGUAAAAAAUUGUCCUAAAGAUAUUAUGAAUGCAAAACUACAAAGAGGAGAUAUAGUUGGCAAAGAAAAUGUUCAUGGUGUUGUAGUUAGUAACUGGAAAGAUAAACGAGAUGUAAGGUUUUUAUCUACAAAACAUGGGAUUGAUAUUGUAAAUACUGGUAAGAAAAAUAGAAAGGGCGAAGAUAUAAAAAAACCUGAAGCUGUUAUAUUUUACAAUAAAAAUAAACAGGGUAUUGAUUUAUCGGAUCAAAUGUCUAGUUACUUUAGUCCCCUCAGGAAAACAAUAAGAUGGUAUCAUAAAUUGGCAUUUCAAUUACUAUUAGGUACUGCAGUCACUAAUGCAUUAGUUGUAUAUAAAGAAAUUACUCAUAAGCAGAUACAAAUAUCAGAAUUUAGACAAGAACUUAUAAAGGAGUUAUUAGACAAUACAAUACAAAGUUCACCUUCGUCUAGUUCUAAGAAACAUAAAUUAGUUUGUGAAACUGAGACAACGAAUAACAGAAAAAAACGUCGUAGAUGCAAUAAGUGUUAUGUAAAUCUUAGUAAAGAGUUUGGGAGGGUACACGCACAAAAAAAAUGCAAACAAGUAAGCACAUACUGUGUUACUUGUGAAAGUAAACCUUUUUUUUGUAUUGAGUGUUUUCAAAACUUCCAUUCUAAGUAGGUAAUAUACACAAUUUAAACACCAUGUAUAAUUUUUUUUGAAGUGUUAUUAAACUAAAUAUU